GAUGCCCAUCCCAUUUCGAUGUGUACGUGGCGCGUGGUGUACAGGUACGCGAACUAGGGUCGAGUACAGUACACAGCGAUAUACUUCGCCGAAACUCCGGGGGCGAAGAAUCAUAGAAGUCCGCUAAUAUCCAUAUUAUAUAGUCAGCAGCAGUACUACAACUCUCUUCCUGACGUUACGAUAACAUCUUCAAGAUGUUGGACUCUAGCAAGCCAAGUCGAACUCUCGUCAUAAUUUCACUCGUCAUCAACCUCUGCUCGUCAAUUCUCAUCGUUUUCCUGAACAAGUGGCUGUAUCGAAAUUAUGGAUUUCCAAAUAUCACGCUAACUUUCCUGCAUUUUCUCAUGACGGGCCUCGGCCUGGCUGCCUGCCUGAGAUUCGGCUUGUUCAACAGGAAGAGCAUCCCCAUCAUGAACGUAUUGCCUCUCAGCUUGACUUUCUGUGGGUUUGUCGUGUUCACGAACUUAUCUUUGCAGAAUAAUACCGUAGGCACGUACCAGUUGGCCAAGUCAAUGACAACACCUUGCAUUCUCCUCAUUCAAACUGUAAUGUACCAGAAAACAUAUUCAACAAGAGUAAAAUUUACAUUGAUUCCCAUUACUAUCGGAGUCAUUGUGAAUUCAGUUUAUGAUGUCAAGUUCAACAUAAUAGGAACACUUUUUGCUACUGCUGGAGUGCUUGUAACAUCGGUGUACCAAGUUUGGGUAGGGAGGAAGCAGCAUGAAUUUCAGGUGAACUCGAUGCAGCUCCUUUAUUUUCAGGCGCCUCUAUCAGCCUUCCUGCUCUUAUUCAUUAUCCCAUUCCUAGAACCGGUCAUUGGGGAAGGGGGUUUGUUUAGCAGCUGGCCUCCUCAAGUAUACGCCCUUGUAUUAGCAUCCUGCUGUGUGGCUUUCUCUGUAAAUCUAUCAAUCUACUGGAUUAUAGGAAAUACAUCUCCAAUAACAUACAAUAUGGUAGGCCACGGGAAGUUUUGUUUCACACUCCUUGGGGGGUACUUUCUGUUCCAAGAUCCUCUAUCAAUUUUUCAGCUUGGUGGAAUCGUUCUGACACUAGGUGGUAUCAUCCUUUAUACACACUUCAAAGUGAAGGAACAAGAAAAACCAACUCCUGGUAAAUCAGUGUCUGCCUAAAUCAUAGAGAUGUUCUUACCAAUCCUUCUCCACAUCACUUCCUUUUUCAAGAUUUUUUCUCUUCACUACGCAAGCAUCAUAUAUCAUAUUUACAUAUACAACAGUAUUGCCUUCUCUUCUUCAGAUGACAUUUUCAAAAUGAAACCAAAAUCAUUGCUUUAUAUUGUAUGUUAUGACAUAGGUUAUGUAGAUUUGACUCAAUGAUAGGUUAAUAUGCCAUCACGUGAUCAUAGCCGCAAGGUCCGCAUUUGUUAUAUUCUAGGUUUUUACGUCACCUCAGUGAAUGUUACUGUGUUGGAUUAUGAACUGCGACGUUAUUAUGCCCUGAGGUGACGUCACUCGCUGCUUAUAAGUUGCAUAGUCGGGUAGUUUACCUGUUGUACACGCUCUACGCGUUGAUUGCAUAAAGCAUGCGCUUGCUGUAUUUCCCUAAACUUUUCUAUUAUGACGUAGAUGGAUCAGAGCUGCAUUUUGAGUUUAUCAUAAAGCCAAAUUACAAACGAAGACUCUGAUGGUUAAUCCACAUAGACUAUAUAAUAUAAUAGAUAUUGCCUGAUCUAUCUUUUUAACUCCCCUCCGAAGCUAUAUUUUUCCCUCGAGACAAUAUUUUCUCUCAUAGCUUUGGGUAAAAUACAAACCACUUGGGAAAACUAUAACUCCGUUUUGGGAAAUGAAUUGUUAAAUUCAAACUCUAGUUAGGUAAAAAAAAAAUAUCUGUAUAAUAUCGCAUCUUUGUAGCAGUAAUUUAUUAUAGACUUCUAUGAGUCAGACAGUACUGCGCUUGACUGGCUCUAUGUAGAUGCCGCGACAUUUUGACAGUUUCAGUGAUUGGUUUGUUUCAUUAUAAAGACUGCUUUGGCCGAGGUUCAUGGGUUAUUAAGAAUAAGCCACGGUUUUGAAACCCUAAUUUGUAUGUAUGUAUAUGUCAUUGUUCUUAUGCAAAAGAGGCUGGUUUUUUAAAUUUUAUUUAUUCAUAUCAUGAUUUUUCUCCUUUUCCUUCUUCUUCCUAUUGUUCUCAUCAUCUCUUCU